GUUUGAAAAUUUCCAUGGGCCUCCAAAAGUACCCAAAUUUCACUCCCUCCAUGAUUGCCAAUGUCUCUCCUCGCCAGCAGCUAGUGAUACAGAGACAGAGAGAGGAGAGAGGAGAGCAAGAGAUUUUUUGCUCAAGUUUCCUAGAUGACAAAGAACCCAUCCCUUCAAUUCUAAAGUGGUCCUCUUUCUCAAUUGAUAAUUUGACAACUUCUCUCCUUAUCCUACACACACACACCUUCUCUCUCCUGUCCCCCUCCCCUCCUAAUCCUACGCACCCCCCCUCCUCUUUUCCGAUACAAACAAACCCAUUAAACAGACAGUGAAUCCAACUUGUUAGCAUUUUCACCAUUUUCUUCAAACUCUCUAGGCUAAGAGUCUUUUUUAUUUUAUUUAAAGAACCACCCUAUUUGCAGAUUAAUCAAACGUACACUCCAACAGCAAGACCAAUAACAACCAUGUCAAGUGCCAGUGUUUGGAACAAAGAGGAAGACAAAGCUUUUGAGAACGCAAUUGCCAUGCAUUGGAUCGAUGAAGAAUCAGAAGAGCAGUGGGAGAAGCUUGCUGAAUUGGUUCCAAGCAAGAGCAUGGAAGAGUUGAAGCAACACUACCAAAUGCUAGUGGAUGAUGUAAGUGCAAUUGAGGCUGGACAUACACCUCUGCCUAACUAUGCAGCAGCAGAGGAAGCUACCUCAUCCAGUAAGGACACUGCUGCUCGUGCUUCUUCUGGAGCUUCUGCUCCGGAUAAGAGAUUGAAUUGUGGUCAUGGAGGUGGGUUUUCAGCCUUGGCUCAUGACACGUCCGGCCAUGGAGGCAAAGGAGGAUCAAGGUCAGACCAAGAGAGAAAGAAGGGAAUUCCUUGGACUGAAGAAGAACACAGGUUAUUUCUACUUGGUCUUGAGAAAUUUGGCAAGGGAGAUUGGAGAAGCAUUUCAAGGAACUUUGUGAUUUCCAGAACUCCAACCCAAGUGGCUAGCCACGCACAAAAAUACUUCAUCCGCUUGAACUCCAUGAACAGAGACAGGAGGAGAUCAAGCAUCCAUGACAUUACCAGUGUGAACAAUGGAGAUGUGUCAUCGCAUCAGCCACCAAUUACAGGGCAACAGACCAAUACAUAUGCGCCAAGUGCCGCCGCGGCCGGUGCCACCACCAUAGGAGUAGGACCACAGUCGGCGAAGCACAGGGCUCACCAGCCACACAUGGCAGGUUUAGGAAUGUAUGGAGCACCAAUGGGGCACCCAGUUUCAGCUCCUCCAGGGCAUCAUAUGGGAUCCGCUGUGGGCACUCCAGUCAUGCUUCCUCCAGGGCACCAUCCCCAUACACAUCCUCCAUAUGUUGUGCCAGUUGCUUACCCAAUGGCACAUCCAACAAUGCACCAAUAACAACACCACCACUUUUCUUUCCUUUAUUGUUAGAGUUUCAGGUCUCAAGUGGAUUUAAAAAGGGAAUAAUAUAAUACACAGCAGAAAGCAGAGAGCAGGGCAGAGAAGAAAUCACGAGACAUGGAUCCACCACAUUUAUUUCUGUAGCAGUAUUGAUUGAUCAUGUUUUAUUUCAUAAAACAUUCCAAAUUUGAAGUUGCAUUUCUCGUUGUAUAUAUGAGAGCAGAGAUGAUGUUCAUAAAUGCCAUCCGCGUUUUUGUAGGAACAUGUGAAAUCAAUAAAUGGCUGCCCACUUUUGUUUCG